AUGAAGCUCGCAGCGGUUGUUGUCAUUGGGCUGUCCCUGAUUGCUCAGGUCGCCGAGUCCUUUGUCCCACCAUCAUCACUGCCGACGAGCCGAUUGGUUGGAGGACAACGUCGAGGGGAAUCUCUAGUAUUUCAACCUACUACUAUUGCAUGGCCCACCACGGAGGAAGAAAAGAAUGUUGGCCAUCGGCCAUCACCACUCGCCGCCAUUAGUCCAACGGUAGCUGCGGCCAUUGGUCACGUCAUUGCCGGAAACAUGGCCACGCCAUUUGUCCUGGAUGCCGUGGUGACUUGGUAUAAACGCAUCCCGUUGCCAUCCUGGACACCUCCCAAUGGUAUUUUUGGCCCCGUGUGGGUCGCCCUCUAUAGCAGCAUUGGAGUGGCAGUUGCCCGUGUCGCCGCCAAGAGCGGCUGGAAGUCGUUGCCUGUUCAAUUGUGGGGUGUGCACAUGGCGUUGAAUCUCCUAUGGGCGCCUCUCUUCUUUGGCAUGGCCAAGUUGCGUGCCGCUCUCGCGGUCAACUAUCUCAUGGUCACGUCGCUGCCGAUUUUGAUGGCACUGUAUGCCACCGUAGACACGACCGCUGCGUGGCUUCUGGUCCCCUAUACGGCAUGGGUGACGUUUGCCACAAUUCUCAACCAGGAAAUUUGCAGGCUCAAUCCCAUGGACGGGCAAGGAUACAGCAAUGCGUUGCUUGAAGCAGAUAUUGCCAAACUACAAAAGGAAGCGGCCAAAAAGGCGGGGUUGUAG